GUCGCAGAUUUGAUUUUGAUCUUCUCCCCUCUCUUCUCCCAGCUCCUCUCCAACUUUCCAAGAUGCCUCACGCUUACCCCUUCCUCACUCCUGAACAGAAGAAGGAGCUCAGUGACAUCGCCCAUAAGAUCGUCGCCACAGGCAAGGGUAUACUUGCCGCUGACGAGUCUACCGGCAGCGUUGCCAAGCGUUUCCAGAGCAUCAAUGCUGAGAACACGGAGGAGAACAGGAGGCUCUACCGCCAGCUCCUCUUCACCGCAGAUGAGCGUGCCACUCCCUGCAUUGGUGGUGUUAUCUUCUUCCACGAGACCCUAUACCAGAAGACUGAUGCCGGCAAGACAUUCCCCGAGCACGUCAAGUCCAGGGGCUGGGUUGUAGGCAUUAAGGUUGACAAAGGUGUCGUCCCUCUCGCUGGAACCAAUGGAGAAACCACCACCCAGGGUCUGGAUGGCUUGUACGAACGUUGUGCCCAGUACAAGAAGGAUGGUUGUGACUUUGCCAAGUGGCGUUGUGUGCUGAAGAUUACCUCCACCACCCCCUCAAGCCUGGCUAUCAGGGAGAAUUGCAAUGUCCUGGCCCGUUAUGCCAGCAUCUGCCAGAUGCAUGGCAUUGUCCCCAUUGUUGAGCCUGAGAUCCUUCCUGACGGCGACCAUGAUCUGAAGCGUACCCAAUAUGUGACUGAGAAGGUCUUGGCCGCAAUGUACAAGGCUCUGUCUGAUCACCACGUCUACCUGGAGGGUACCCUCCUGAAGCCCAACAUGGUCACUGCUGGACACUCUUGCUCACACAAGUACUCUAACCAGGAGAUCGCAAUGGCCACCGUCACUGCCCUGCGCCGCACUGUUCCCCCAGCAGUCCCUGGCAUCACCUUCCUGUCUGGGGGCCAAUCUGAGGAGGAAGCGUCCAUCAACCUGAACGCAAUGAACCAGUGCCCACUGCACAGGCCAUGGGCAUUGACCUUCUCUUAUGGCCGUGCCCUCCAGGCAUCAGCCCUGAAGGCAUGGGGUGGCAAGCCUGGGAAUGGCAAGGCUGCACAGGAGGAGUUCAUCAAGAGAGCUCUGGCCAACAGCCUGGCCUGCCAAGGCAAGUAUGUCGCUGCCGGAGGCAGUGUUGCCGCUGGAGAGUCGCUGUUCGUGGCCGACCAUGCUUAUUAAGAAUGGACACUCAUCAGCACCCAUCUACCCCACCAUGUGUAGUGCCAAGUCUUAACAUGCCCUUAAGUCUACACCACCAUCUGAGACUGGUGGUUUGCUACAGAGAAAGAAAUGCAAACCUUUCUUUGGGCUCAGGCUUCAGAGAGAAGAUAAAAAAAUUAAGUUCUGCCUCCAUUCCCUGUUCCCACUAUACACCCUUUUUUAGGUGAAGAGAUUUCUUGUCAUGUUUUUACAUAACAUUCCUUGGACUGUAACACCUAACUCAGUAAAAUGUUUGUACUGAAACCUUGGAAUAAAAUAGUAAUCUAC